UAAAUUAAUUUAUUUUGUAUCGCACCGCCUUACGAUGCGCUGGCCGUCUGCCUCUGGCCUUCCGGUGGACAAUUGGCUUCCACCGGCUACCUGGCCGACUUAAUGUCGCAUAAAAUUGCAAUUUGCAUUGUGUGAUGGCUGCCGCUACAUCUGCUGGAGUUUGCAUCGCUUUGGAUGGGCAUAACUUUAGCUGCUGGAGCGGAUGACUGGCAAUGGACAACGCUAACCACACACCCAGGAUGCAUGGAUAGCGGAUCGCCGUAUUUUCACGCCUGUUUAUGCCCGAAGGCUGAGUGAUAUGCAGCCUGCGCUGCAUCAUUUUUGCACGUACGGGUGGCGCUGUGUCUGGCCACUCGGCGUCGAGUGGAUGACGUUUCGCUGGCUUCCAUUUGUGCUGAGCAGGCCGCUGACGCAUUCGCUGGUCCAGUUGUGCAGGUACGGCGUAUGCUGGGCUGGAUAGAUGGCCUCUGGGUAGCCAUCCUUCGCCUGCAUCUUCGUCGCCGCUCCAAUUUGGCAGUUUGCGCCAUUUUCAGCUGGAUUUGGUGGCAUUUAUUUGCCGUAGUGACCACCGUCGUGCGGUGCAUGUUAUGCAGCUGAAUGUCCGGCUGGGCAUUCUGCUCAAUUUGGAGUCGCUGCGUCUGGCCAAGGGAGGCCGUUUUGACAACAUUGUCCCAUUGCUGGAGAAGCUGCUGCCCCUUAAGGACUGGAUGCUCAAUAAGAGGCUGCUUUUUCGUGCCAAUGGAGUCCAGCGAGGACGCCGUCGGCUGAUGCUGUUGUGCCUGCCUGUACUCAGGUACAGUUUGUGCAAUUUGCAGCUCGUGUAUGUGCUCGUAGGUGGGCGUGGCGGCUGUCGUCGGCUGCUGUUGCGCGUUCGGCUGCUCUCGCAGGACAGGCUGCAGAUUUGGCAGGCGUUGCUGGUGACCAUAGGGGGCAUCGGAGGAUCCUGUUAGCCAUCGCUGCUGUGCUUGCUGCCCCAAAAGGACAGGCUGCGGAUUUAGCGGGCGUUGCAGGUGCCCAGAGGAGGGCAUGGUGGCUAUCAACGGCUGUUGCUGCCUGCUCAGCUGUCCCCAUGGCACAGACUGAGGAUUUUGCAACUGCUGCUGGUGAUCACAGGAGGCACUGGUGGCUUCAAUUGACCA